GGCUCGCGGCGCGCGCAGCGGAGGGACCGUGACCCUGAGGCGACUGGGCGGUCGGGCAAUGGCUCAGCUGGGACAAGGCUACAGAAUAACGUCCACGUUUUGCUCCAGAUCAUCCCAUCCUCCCAGGGGGAAGGAAAUGGCCACAAUGGAGCUGACUCAGACUGUUGGGAUUCCUAUCAGGGAGCCACCAGCAGGGUCCAGAGACAACCCCAUCUCCUAUAUCAAGCUCUGGCUAGUAGGGGCCGGUGACUUUCGAGGAGGUGGCUGUGUAUUUCACCAGGGAAGAGGGGGCUCUGCUGGACCCCACUCAGAGAGCCUCUACAGGGAUGUCAUGAAGGAGAACUAUGAGACGGUGAUCUUGCUGGGGUUUCCAAUUUCCAAACCUGAAGUGAUCUCGCAGCUGGAACGAGGGGAAGAGCCGUGGCUCCCAGACCUCCAGGGCUCUGAGAAAGAAGUGUUCCCGAGAGCUGCCUUCACAGGGAGUGACCUAUGUCUGGAUUCUCCCUGUCUCCCAUCAGGUGAUGGGAUGGUGAGUGAGAAUGAGGAGGAGAAACCCCAGCAGGAAGAUGCUGAGCAACUAGAACCACAUAGAACAUUAUCAGGAAGAUCCAAAGGGAAUGUUUCCGGGAGUUGUGCACUCCCAGAAAAAGCAAAAGCCUGUGAGACUCAGCAGAGGCCAGAGGGAAACUUUAGUAGCCACUCAGACCUUAUAGCACGCGACAGAAUCAACUUGGAAGAGACACGCUACACAUGCCAUGAGUGUGGGAAAAGCUUCAAUCGGAGCUCACACCUUAUCAGACAUCAGAGAAUCCACACAGGGGAGACGCCCUACACGUGCUCGGAGUGCGGGAAAAGCUUCAAUCAGAGCUCUGCCCUGAGCACAAACUGGAGAAUCCACACAGGCUACAGAAUAAUGUCCACAUUUUGCUCCAGAUCAUCCCAUCCUCCCAGGGGGAAGGAAAUGGCUGCAAUGGAGCUGGCUCAGGGGCCAGUGACUUUCGAGGAGGUGGCUGUGUAUUUCACCAGUGGAGAGGGGGCUCUGCUGGACCCCGCUCAGAGAGCCCUCUACAGGGAUGUCAUGAAGGAGAACUAUGAGACGGUGGUCUUUCUGGGGUUACCAGUUUCCAAACCUGAUGUGAUCUUGCAGCUGGAACAAGGGGAAGAGCCGUGGGUCCCAGACCUCUACGGCUCUGAGAAAAAAGUGCUCCUGAGAGCUGCCUGCACAGGUGUUGGGAUGGUGAGUGAGAAUGAGGAGAAUCCCCAGCAGGAAGAUGCUGAGCAAGUAGAACCACAUGGGAUGUUAUCAGGAAGAUCCAAAGGGAAUUUUUCUGGGAGUUGUGAACUCUCAGAAAAAGCAAAAGCCUGUGAGACUCAGCAGAGGCCAGAGGAAAACUUAAAUAGCCACUCUGACCUUAUUACACACGAGAGAAUCAACUUGGAAGAGACACGCUACACAUGCCACGAGUAUGGGAAAAGCUUCAAUGGGAGCUCAGACCUUUUCACAUAUCAGGGAAUCCACAGAGGAGAGAGACCCUACAUGUGCUCUGAGUGUGGGAAAUGCUUCAAUCGGAACUCACACCUUAUCUCACAUCAGACAGUCCACACGGGUGAUAAACCUUAUGAAUGCUCUGAGUGCGGGAAACGCUUCAAUCGGAGCUCAUACCUUAACACACACAGGAGAAUCCACACGGGUGAGAAACCUUAUGGAUGCUGUGAGUGUGGGAAAGGCUUCAGUUGGAGCUAUGCCCUUAUCGCACAUCGGAGAAUCCACACAGGAGAGACACCCUACACAUGCUCUGAGUGUGGGAAAAGCUUUAAUCGGAACUCACAACUUAUCACACAUCGUAGAAUCCACACAGGAGAGAAACCCUACACGUGCUCUGAGUGCGGGAAAUGCUUCAGUCGGACGUCAGCCCUUAUCACACAUCGGAGAAUCCACACAGGAGAGACGCCCUACACAUGCUCUGAAUGUGGGAAAAGCUUCAAUCAGAGCUCAAACCUUAUCACACAUCGGAGAAUCCACACCGGAGAGAUGCCCUACACAUGCUCUGAGUGCGGGAAAAGCUUCAAACAGAGCUCUAGCCUGAGCAGACAUCAGAGAAUCCACACAGGAGAGAGACCCUACACGUGCUCUGAGUGCGGGAAAAACUUCAUUGAGCGCUCAGACCUUGUCAGACAUCGUAGAAUCCACAGUGGAGAGAGACUCUGCGUGUGGGAAAAGCUUAAAUCAGAGGUCAUUCCCUAUUAGACAUCAGAAAAUCCAAAUGGGAGCAAACUGUAAGAAAUGCCUUGAUUAGGGCUGGCCAAAGAUUUGUUUGUUUAAAAAAAAAAUCACAUUUGCUAAUUCCAAUAUAGUGAUCUUUGCAUCAUCUUCACCGAGUUCUCUCAGCUCCCCCAGAUGAGUUGCCUGCUUCUGCCUUUUGCAGCUCACCCUUCUUUGGGGUCAGUCCUGUGAUCUUUUCUAUCAACUCCUUUCCUUUUGAGUCGUAGGAGUGUGUGUCCCUACAGCCAGGAAUGUUCAUCAGCUCCAGGUGCGGGAGAGAGGGUUGAUCCCAACAAGCUACACUGAGGCAAAAACUACCUGUGCCUUACAUCCACCAGGACUGUACAUGGCGUUGGCUGCUCAAGUUAGUGAUCUUGGUGUAAAAAGACAAUUAUAGUUGUAGAGCAGAUGCAGCCCAGGUGCAGUGGUUGGUAUUAGCUUUCCCCUUGACCUGUGCUAAACUCCAUGACUUUUCCUAGUCUAAACAAACCCUGAGCAUCAUGGUUAUACUGUUCCCCCAGUUCAAAGCAAUUGCUAGUCAUCAAGUUCCCCCUUGGGGAACAAAUUGUUUCAUUCCCAGUUGCUCUGAUGUUGCUUCAGGUUGUGCUGGAGAGCAGAUAUUUUUAUUACCGUUUUCCUCACUUAAAAUAUAUUGAACUAUAACAAAGAGCAGGAACAGGGCAGGGAUAGGGAAAAAUGUCAUUUCACUCGCUGUAACAACAGAAGAAGCUAGGGUAAGUCAGAGGGAUUCCCUUAUUCCCCAUCACCAUCCCAACCCCCCUGUUGUUCAAUUGGUUAGGUCAAUAUUUUUUCUAAAGGGGUGGGAAGAGGAUUCCUUAUUAAAUGACAUGUAAAAUACCCAUGCAUUGGGCUCCCAAAACAGUUGUGCCUCAGGCCCUGCAGGAGGUCGCUCCUGAAGAUAUCUCCUUCCUAAUCAGGUGCAUGUUGCCUAUUAUUUGGGAAAUGCAAUCCCUUUCUGGAUAGAGAUGGGAAAAAUGGAAGUGACGUUUCUGUUCUGUUCAGCUCACCCCUGGGAGAUGCUGCAAAUUUGUAAAAAAUGGAAUCUGUGGUGAAUGUGGUAUAGCUGCAGAAAGAUAACUAUUUUUAAUAGAUACCUGACAUUUGUUGUCUUACCGGGAUUCUAAACCACACCUGAUUUUAGUCCCUAAUUUAAAUCUGUGCCACCAGAUUAAAGAAAUAAAAAGGCAUAUUUGGGGGAGUUAUACUUCACUAUCGCUACUGAUAUGUUGGGUGGUUGGUGAAGAAUUCUACUCCAGAGACUUGGACUAAUUUUAUACUUAAGGUCAAAGAUUUAAUAAGGACUCAGGUAGAAGUUGCAGGUACUAAUGGUUGAUUUUCACCCCAGAUAUGGAAGCUAUGGUAACCUGUGGCCCAGGUAAACUAUUUUUAGAACACUGCUCCCUAGUUAAGUGACAUUGAUCACAGUCCUAAAAGAUGCCAUGAUUAAAUUGGGAACAACGGUCUUUUACCAUUUGGAUCCAAAGUUAGAUGAAGCACAGAGAGAAACAGCUGAUUCCUUCAGAGCCAUUCCAUGCCUAUGGGUCCCAAUCUGGCUGCCUUGUUAGACAAGAAGCACUUCCAUGCUGGACAAAUGAUGGUAGCCAAUAAGGGAUGUUAGAAGCAGGAGCAGGCUGACCCAGUAGAUGGGCUUCUUUAUUGCGGUACUUGUUCCCCUGGACCCAAUUAUCCAGUAAGCACUGAAUUAGUUACAGCACGCUCUUUUUUUUUUUUUUUUUUUUUUAGGUUAGUAUGUACACGCCUACAUUCAUUACAACACCCCAAAACCCCUUAUUAAGUAAUAGAAACACCCGCUGUUAGUAAACCCACCUCUGUCUAUUGCUCAUAGCAUUACACAUACUUUUACCUUGAAAAUACAUUUCUUUGCAACAAUUUGUUGCCAUAAAUCUUUAUCCUCAGCAGUUCCCAGGCGAGGGAGGAAGGGGCUGUGAACAGUUCUCAAGGGAGGCGGGGGAAGGGGCCCUAAACCCAGGCUGGUUCAUGUAGCUGGGAAAGGGAGGGAGGGGAAGAUAACAUUCCUUUUGCUUUCUUCUACACAAAGGGCAUUUUUCUGCAGCCUCAUCUUUAUUAAUCUUUAUGAGCAACAGGGAAGGGAAGAAUCUGGCAACUUGCAUUUUAAACAAAGAAAUACUGAAAAAUUUGCAACUUAUAUAUUAGAAACAAAACUAUUGCCUACAUAUGCCUUUGUCCACUAAUACCAUGUCAGCACAUUAGCAGCUUAUUGUUAUACUUAACCCUAAAAUAUCCCAACAAGGGAAUGUAUCAGAUUCCAAGUUCAGACUGCAGGAUACAUGAAUGCUGAGUCCUGACUCUGUGGUUUCGUGUCUUAGUUUUGCUAUUUAGUCUUAUGCAUUUGUAUCACUUCUCCACCUCCUGCUAGUCUGAAAGAUUAGAAAGUGUGAAAAUAGAGCACAAGUGGGUUUUUCUCAUAAUGCAACCUUCCCACAUAGUGUGAGACCCCCUUCCACCCAUACUUACGGGAGAAGACCCAGGGAGAAAUGAACUCACAGAAAUGAAAGGGUCCUAGGUUAUUGUAGAAGGUGACUUCACACAAAACUCACUGGAUGGAAAUGGGAAUUAAGACAAAACUGCCCUAUAGGUUUAUAUUUUGUAAUCUUUGAAUAAGUUACCAGCGACAAUGAAAUUAAACAUGAAUUAGUGUAACACUGAAAGUUAUCACAUAAUCAGGUUUUCUUCUAGUUCUCUCCUACUAUAUUGGAAAUGGUGGCUAAUCCUGAAAUUAAAACCUCACUCCAAAGGAAUUAGAGUGGGAGAAUAUGUGAGAGAAUUGCAUGAACGAGAAUAGAGACCCAGUAUAGAUUAAUAAUUUCUAUUUCAAAUGGAAUUUAUUUUGAUCAAUUUUCAAAUCAAUCUUCUGUUAAGAGGAAAUUUACUCGAGACAAGAGGUGUAACCUUUUAUCCAGUUAGAGGGUAACAGCCACAGAGUUCUCCAGGUCUCUUGUUUGCAAAGCAAAGAUGUCACAUCAGGCAGGAGAUGUCAGAAUCUAAAAUGGUGAUGGAUGUGUGAUGGUAGCUUUUCUGGGUUGGUGUUUUGUUUUGUUUUUUCAACCAGUUAUUUUUAUAGGUGCUGAGGCCCCUUUUCCUUUUGAGCACACCUGUUUAACCCUCAGGCCUGGCUCUAAGAACAGGAAUACUUGUGGCACCUUGGAGACUAACAAAUUUAUUUGAGCAUAAGCUUUCAUGGGUUACAGCCCACUUCUUGUUACUGAGUGACUAGAGAGGUUGAAGUGUUCUCCUACUGUUUUUUUGAAUGUUAUGAUUCCUGAUGUCAGAUUUGCAUUUAUUCUUUUGUGUAGAGACUGUCCGGUUUGGCCAAUGUACAUGGCAGAGGGACAUUGCUGGCACAUGAUGGCAUGUACCACAUUGGUAGAUGUUCAGGUGCACGAGCCCCUGAUGGCGUGGCUGAUGUGAUUAGGUCCUAUGAUGGUGUCACUUGAAUAGAUAUGUGGGCAGAGUUGGCAUCGGGCUUUGUUGCAAGGAUAGAUUCCUGGGUUAGUGUUUUUGUUGUGUGGUGUGUGGUUGCUGGUGAGUAUUUGCUUCAGGUUGGGGGGCUGUUUGUAAGCGAGGUCUGGUCUGUGUCCCAAGAUCUGUGAGGAAACCUCCUCAGAACUGGCCUUGUGUUUUUUCAUGUUUGAUAUCUUUGGGGUUUACACAUCCAGACUAAAUGCGGUUCACAGCAACAGAUACUUUGAGAAACCUUCUGGGUUAAGCAGGCCUUUUCCAAAUUGACAUAGGCCCAAAGUCUGCCUCAAUUCAGCUGGAUUGGGACACAUCUGUAUCAAAGGAGUGGUUCACUCCUGAUUUGCCCAGAGACCUCGGGGGAGGUGUGGUAAAAUAGGAUAAGUAGGAAUCGACAACAAUGAAGUUAAAGGUAAGGGUGAAAGACCCUCACCUUGCAGGUCAACAAGCCUGUUCUGUUCAUUCCCUCUGACGCAUCUGGCACUGGUCACUCUCAGGCAGCACACUGGGCUAAAUGGACCAUGGUCUGACCCAGUAUGACCAGUCUUGAAUUCUUAUGUAAGCCAUCUACAGCCUUGUCUACACUGGCAAGUUUCUGCUCAGGAAAGCAGCUUUCUGUCAUGUAACUUCUGAGGUGUACGCACUGCCAAGCCACUUAGUGCACAGAAACAGCGCAGUUGUAGGGCUGUAAAAAAAACACCCCAACAAGAGUUGUACAUCUUUCUGUGCCGGGGCUACAGAAGACACCCUGGUGGAUUACAGUGCUGCAAUUUGGCCUCCAGGAGGUGUCUCACAAUCCCUGUUCUCGUUUCUCUGGUCAUCAGUUUGAACUCUACUGCACUACCCUCAGGUGACCAACCAUGAACCCCACAAGCAAUCUCGUGUCAUAGUUACUAUGCAGGGCGAGAUCAAUGUCAAACUCCUCUUGCCUUUGUAGUUUAAGGAAUAAUUCCACUGCCACUCGUGAUGUGUUAGUAAGAGCGAGCAGCAUAUUGGUCAACAGUGUGGGAUCCAUUCCUGCUGCCCGAAGAGGCAGAAUGUGCAGUACACCAAGCAUUGAAAGAUGGUGCCAAAUGUGAACGGAAGCACAGGGAUUUCUGGGAUGAGAAGCAAUGCAUCAUGGGGCAUUGGGACAGGACCUGGGAUGUCCCGCAAGCCCCUCUGUCUUCCCACAACUCUUAGCAGCAUAAGAGGAAGAGAUGCUCAGUGGGAUGCUGAGUACACUGCUCUGAAUACCACUGCAAGUGCCACAAGUGUGAACACGCUAUUGUGCAGGCAGCUGACAGUGUGAACACACAAUAGCACUCAGUGCUCUCUGAGUGGCACUGUAACUCUGCCAAUGUAGCCAUAACAUCAGAGAGACUGACUGCCAGGAUCCCAGGACUGAUCCCCUCUGGGGAAUGAAGCACAAAAUCUACAGGCUAUGCAGCCUUCACUAGUCUCCCUGUACCUGAAAAGCCUGCUAGCCCAACGUGCUGGACCAUCUAUGCCAGUACCUGGUUCCUAAACUGCAGCUACAGUUCCCACUCCAGGUGACUCCAAAGACAGAGAGGUGCAGAGAUCCAACCCCUUAUAAUCUUAGAAACAUUUUGUUCCUUUUUCUAGUUUUUGUCUGUUUGUUUUUAUGAACUUGGAGACCUCCCAGCCUUCUAUUAGAUUGGGGUGUAACAGUGUGGCUCUGUAGGGGUGAGUGUGUGAACACCUCUGAAAUCUACAAAGGGAAGAUGCUAGGAAGAAUAGUUCCCCAAAUCUUAAUAGCCUUAAAACUCUGCCCUAUGAAAUGACUGAAUGCAUGCUCCUCACCCCUCCUGCACCCCCAGCCCCUGUCGCAGCCAGGAGCCUGCACCCAGCACCCAAACUCCUUCCCAGAGCCUGCACCCUCACCCCCUUCCAACACCCCCCCCUCCUGCCCCUGAACUCGCUCCCAGAGCCUGCACCCCUUACCCCCUCCUGCACCCCUGUCCCAGCCUAGAGCCUGCACCCAAACUCCCUCCACACCCCCUCCCAUCCCCAAACUCUCUCCCAGAGACUCCAGCCCCAGUCCAGAGCCAGUAGCCCUCACCCCCUCCUGCACCUCCACCCCUUGCUUCAGUCCGGAGCCUCCACCCCCUCCUGCCACACCCCUCCAAUCCCCAAACUCCCUCCCAGAGUCUGCACCUUUACUCUUAGAUUAAACAAUGUUUAGGGUUUUUUAAAUAUAAACAUUACUAUCACCUGAAUUUUCCCUCUGCUAGCCAGAAUGAACUGAAUUGUGCAGUUUUCUGGAAAGUGCAGAGGCAUUGAAUUUUGAGGAAUUUAAUCACUGUGUUGUGGGUGGAUGUUUUACACUCAUCUCAGUGCAAAAAGUGAAAUACUAAGGCAAUGUCUACAUUAUAGAAUUAUGUCAACCUAACAGUCAUUAAAUCGCUUGUGUGCGCACA